AAACAUCCCUCCUCCCUUCCCAGAACCCGCCAGCUGAGCCAGCUGAACCAAAGCUGAUCUUGCCGGCCCCAUUUGGGAGCUGUCUUCUUUGAAAGGGUGAGCAGUUGUCUUUGUCCGCCAAAGGUGACACCUUUCUUCCCUCCCACGGUACUCUCUCCUGCCACUUCCUCUGCACCACCAGUUGCAUUGCGAUCGCCAACAACGACUCACGAUGGCUGCAAACAUGGUAAACACGCUCCUUGAAAAGCUGCAUCUGACCUCCAAGGAUCAGGGUGCUCCUGCCCAAGAGCCUGACGAAGAGGAGUUGAAGGCCUUGCGUCAGAAAUACGAGAAGGCGAAUCAAGAACAUGUCUUUGCUUUCUACGAUGAACUUGACACUGAAGGGAAGGCUGCUCUGUUUGAGCAGCUGUCCAACUUCGACCCAGACCGCAUCAAUAUCCUCGCAGACAAGGCCCUGUACCCUCCGAAAGACUCGGACCAGCAGCCACCUUCCAUCAAUCCCCUUCCCGAGUCCGCCACUGCCUCCCUCCUCGAUGCCUCAGACGACCAGAAAGAAGAGUGGUACAAGGCUGGGCUUUCUCUUAUUGCACAGAACAAGGUUGCCGUGGUCCUGAUGGCAGGUGGACAAGGCACCAGAUUGGGAAGCUCUGAUCCCAAAGGAUGCUUUGACAUUGGCCUACCAAGCAAGAAAUCAUUAUUUCAGAUGCAGGCAGAGCGAAUCUGGAAGGUGCAACAGUUGGCCAAACAGCACGCUGGCUCUUCGGCGGAUCCAAUAGUCCCCUGGUAUGUCAUGACUAGCGGUCCUACUCGAGCACCUACGGAGAAAUUCUUCGAGAAGCACAACUACUUCGGUCUGGCCAAGGAGAACGUCAUCAUCUUCGAACAGGGCGUGCUCCCGUGCAUUUCCAACGAAGGGAAGAUUCUCAUGGAGAGCAAAUCCAAGGUCGCUGUUGCUCCGGACGGUAAUGGCGGUAUUUACCAAGCUUUGGUGUUGUCCGGGGCUCGUGCAGAUCAGCAGAAACGUGGCAUUGAACACGUCCAUGCAUACUGUGUUGACAACUGUCUUGUCAAAGUUGCCGAUCCGGUGUUCGUUGGCUUCGCAGCAUCGAAAGACGUUGACAUUGCCACCAAAGUUGUGCGAAAGCGAGCUGCUAACGAGCCCGUUGGUCUGAUCGUGGAGAAGAACGGAAAGCCCGACGUGGUGGAGUACUCUGAGAUCGACAAAGAGAUGGCCCAGGCUACGGACAGCUCAGAUCGCCUCAAAUUCCGAGCUGCCAACAUUGUCAACCACUACUACUCAUUCAGAUUCUUCGAGGCCAUCGAGGAAUGGGGCCACAAGUUGCCUCAUCACGUUGCCAAGAAGAAGAUCCCUUACAUGGACACUGAGACGGGUGAGACCGUAAAGCCGGAGAAACCAAACGGCAUCAAGUUGGAGCAGUUCGUGUUUGAUGUCUUUCCAUUUGUCCCCAUGGACAAGUUCGCGUGCUUUGAGGUCGACCGGAAAGAGGAGUUCUCGCCAUUGAAGAAUGCUCGUGGCUCAGCAGAAGACAAUCCAGAUACCAGCAAAGCAGACAUCAUGGAACAGGGAACCCGAUGGCUGACAGCGGCAGGAGCCACGGUCGUGUCCGAGGGCAACGACAAGGGCGUCGAAGUGUCUCCGCUCAUUAGCUAUGGAGGUGAGGGUCUCGGCUACCUGAAAGGGAGAGAGAUCAAGGCUCCGGCUGUGAUCGAGAGAAGCCCGUCGGAGUAGACCAGUCCAGAUUGGAUGGGGAUACAGGCUGCAUGGUCAUGACUUUGAUGGAAUAGAAUGACUGCAAGGUUUCACGGUUGGGUACUGCAGUGGGAGUUAUCAAGCAAGCUGGGAUGAUAAAAAGAGAUAUGAUAUACUUAGAGACUAUCCUGGAGAGCAUAUGCUCAGGAAUCAGCAGUCAGUCUUCACUGCAUAUAUGUAGUUCCACAUCACCCAUCUCUCAGUAGGGGUGUGUGAAUGUGAUGGCCUGUAUCACUGCUAUCACCAACACCCCGACGGUCC